GCAGUCUAGGGCCGGGGCGGGGCGGCCGCCGGUGCCGCUCACCCGGCCGAUCCGGGCCCUGGGCUGACGCCGCGGCCCCGCCAAUCCGCUGCGGUCGGGCCGGGCCCGGCACCGCCCCCGGCGGCUCCCACAGGGACGGGCCGGAGCGGCCGCCGCCGCCGCGGGUGCCUGGGCUGAGUCAGCGCCCCCGCCCAAGAUGAACAUCAUGGAUUUCAAUGUGAAGAAGCUGGCGGCUGACGCGGGCACCUUCCUGAGCCGCGCCGUGCAGUUCACAGAAGAAAAGCUUGGUCAGGCAGAGAAGACUGAACUGGAUGCUCAUCUGGAGAACCUUCUCAGCAAAGCAGAAUGCACUAAAUUAUGGACAGAAAAAAUAAUGAAACAAACAGAAGUAUUAUUGCAGCCAAAUCCAAAUGCCAGAAUAGAAGAAUUUGUCUACGAGAAGCUGGACCGCAAAGCACCAAGUCGCAUGAAUAACCCAGAGUUAUUAGGCCAGUAUAUGAUUGAUGCUGGGAAUGAGUUUGGCCCAGGAACAGCCUAUGGAAAUGCACUCAUUAAAUGUGGAGAAACACAAAAGCGAAUUGGGGCAGCAGACAGAGAACUCAUUCAAACUUCUGCUAUAAACUUUCUCACUCCCCUAAGAAACUUUAUUGAAGGAGACUACAAAACCAUUACUAAAGAACGUAAACUGUUACAAAAUAAAAGACUGGAUUUGGAUGCUGCAAAAACCAGACUGAAGAAAGCAAAAGUUGCAGAAGCUCGAGCUGCAUCUGAACAGGAGGUGCGAAUUACUCAGAGUGAGUUUGACCGUCAAGCAGAGAUUACCAGACUGCUGCUGGAAGGCAUCAGCAGCACACAUGCACAUCAUCUCCGCUGUCUGAAUGACUUUGUGGAAGCUCAGAUGACCUACUAUGCACAAUGUUACCAAUAUAUGUUGGAUCUCCAGAAACAACUUGGAAGUUUUCCAUCUACUUUCCUCUCUAACAACAAUCAGUCUUCCACAACUCCUGUGCAGAGUGUUUCUUCUCCCUCAGUCUUGGCCUCAGCCUCUGCUUCAUUGCCUUCAGUAAGCAAUUCAAUGGUUACUUCAGGCCUCAGUGAACUGAAGUCAUCAAGUGGCAGCAGAAAAGCAAGAGUUCUCUAUGAUUAUGAUGCUGCAAACAGCAGUGAAUUAUCUCUACUUGCAGAUGAGGUGAUAACAGUGUACAGUAUCCCUGGCAUGGAUUCAGACUGGCUGAUGGGUGAAAGGGGAAAUCAGAAAGGCAAAGUGCCUAUUACUUAUUUAGAACUGCUAAACUAAAUGGUUGGCCGGAAUAGAGACUGUCAAUUAUGGCAACAGCAUAUUUAUAUACAAUUAACGUUAUGUAAGCAGGUUUAUGUGUCUUCCAUGUUAUUGUCUUGAGGGACAAAUACCAGCCAUUAAAAACUGGCUUUUCUGCCAGCAUGGUUGCACGGUCAAUACUCUAUUCAAACUUAAUGUGUUUAAAGCUUUUACUUCAUGUGCCAAGAACGUUUCCUACAGAUUUGUUUCUACUGAAGUUUUCACUAAUACAAGCUUCUACUUUUGAGUAAUCUAGAUUGAAAGCAGGAGGUACUUUCUUGUUUUCUACUGAAAUUUUUCAUUAAUGGCAAAGCUUUUCUUCACAUAAAAUAAACUUAUUGUGAACUGA